UCAGCCAAUAGGAAGCGGCAACGGUGCCACCUUGCGUUAUUACACAGGAAGACCGUGAGCAGGUCUGUUAAAUAGCGUCUCCUACUAUAGUUGGAAUCUUCAGAUUUAUGACCGUUUAGCGAAUAAUCCUAAAAAUGGGGUUGUAUUGCAAGCUCACUUUAUUCAGUGUAUUUAAACUCUGACACCAUGUUUCCAUUGUCAUCACUGAAACAUCUGAGCAGUUCUGCACUGACACAUGCAAACGUCGUAGCUCUAAUAGUAUUUUUGCUGGUAUAUUACUUAUUCAAGUUUUAUCAGAAACGUCGGGACCUCACAAAUAUUCCUCCAGGUCCGAAGCCAUGGCCUAUAGUCGGCAACGUCGGCGGCCUUUUCGUUCCUUGUUUCAUCCAGAGAUGGUUUGGACAUGGAUCAGACAGCAGCGUUGAUAAGGAAAACCCCUUGGCUACUUUAUCGAAACUAGUCAGUAUUCACGGUAACGUUUUCAGCUUUUUUGUGGGGAAUCAACUGGUUGUUGUGCUUAAUGGUUAUGAAAUGGUCAAGGAUGCUUUCUUAAACCAUCCCGAGGUGUUCUCUGACAGACCCGACGUUCCUGUUGUCACUAUCCUGACUAAACGCAAAGGAAUAGUCUUUGCUCCUUACGGGCCGAUAUGGAGAAAGCAGCGGAGGUUCUGCCACACCACACUACGAAAGUUUGGCCUGGGGAAGUUGAGUUUGGAGCCUUGCAUCCUGCAAGGCCUGGCCACGGUCAAAACAGAGCUGCUACAGCUGGACGAGGAGUCUGGUGGUGCUGGUGUGGACCCGGCUCCGCUGAUCAGCAAUGCCGUUUCAAAUGUCAUCUGCUCGUUGAUCCUGGGUCAGCGCUUCCAUCAUGAAGACCGUGAGUUCUCUAUGUUGCUCAGCCUGAUGGCACGUGGCCUGGAGAUCUCUCUGAACAGCCCUGCGGUCCUCAUUAACAUCUUUCCACUGCUGUACCACUUGCCUUUUGGGGCCUUCAAGGAGUUGAGGCAGGUGGAAAGAGACAUCACAGUGUUCCUGAAGAAGAUUAUUGCAAAGCACCAGGAAACACUGGAUCCAGAAAACCCAAGGGAUCUUGCAGACAUGUACUUGAUAGAGAUGUUGGCCCAGCAAGCUGCUGGAGAGGAGGACAGCAGCUUCACAGAAGAUUAUCUUUUUUAUAUAAUAGGAGAUCUCUUCAUUGCCGGCACUGACACCACCACUAAUUCAGUUUUGUGGAUUUUGCUCUACUUGGUUUUAUAUCCUGAUAUCCAAGACACGGUCCAGGCAGAGAUUGAUAAAGUGGUGGGUGGACAUCGGGUCCCAUCUCUGACUGAUAGGGGAAGUUUGCCUUUUACUGAAGCCACCAUCAUGGAGGUGCAGAGACUGGCUGCAGUGGUUCCUCUGGGUGUUCCUCACAUGGCCUCAGAGACAACGGAGUUCAGAGGCUACACUAUUCCCAAAGGAACAGUUGUUUUCCCCAACCUCUGGUCUGUCCACAGAGAUCCCACUGUGUGGGACAAUCCAGACAGUUUCAACCCAGCACGGUUCUUGGAUGAUGAGGGAAAGUUGCUGAAGAAGGAGUGCUUUAUACCAUUUGGGAUUGGUCGCAGGGUGUGCAUGGGUGAACAGCUGGCAAAGAUGGAGCUAUUCCUGACAGUUACCAACUUACUGCAGGCCUUCAAAUUCAGACUUCCAGAGGGGAUGCCUCCUCCUCCCAUGCUAGGACGAUUUGGCCUGACACUGGCACCCUACCCAUAUACUGUGUGUGUGAGCACACGUAGUUCAAACAGCUGAAGACCCGGUUCAUCCGAAUUCUUUGUAAGCAGAGCAAUCUGAUGCCAGGGACCCUGAAAAAAGGCCAGAGAUGUCAGGUAAGUUCUCCUGAAGAGAACAAAAUGUAAUCUGGGACGUAAAAAGUGUUUUAAUUGAAUUAUAGUUCUUUUGCUCAUGUAAUUAUGUUUGCAUAUUAUAUUUUAUCAACUGUUAAUUUUUUUGAUUAUUCAAGAAAUAAUGUAGUCCACAACAUUUUAAAAGUAAUGACAACUACCAAUCAGAAAUGACCACAAAUCAAAGUGAUGCCCUAUACUUAAGGUUGCUAGCCCUCAUGGUUUGGCCGGGAGAAUCCCGGAACUGAUUAAGGCCUCCUGGAGAAAUCAAAAUUAAAUCCAGGAGAGUUUUGGUGUUUUGAAGGCCUAGGCCUACAGAUUGAACACAUGGAAGUAAAAUGCCAGGGAAAAUACAAAUUCUCAAAUGGAAGGCAACUCUGGGGCACCGACAGAAAAACUGAAAAUACACAAUUUAAUUUUAAUUUAAUGAAUUUAGGCUACUUAUAUUGAAAAAUACUACCUUAUAUUAGGGAUUUUGCAUUGUCAGCCUUCUGCCUUGCUUUGUGGUGCACUAUGAAUACUGUCAUCCAAGUAGUUUUUCAUUUUCAUAUUGUGAUGAUAUCAAAGGUUGGAGUUGCCUGAUUUUGUGGCUGCACCUCUGUCUAUCUGUGCCUGUUGGACUCAGUAAAGGGAGAUUUUUAUAUAUAAUAUAUUUCUUUACAGACCUGAUCUAUGCAUUAUUAGCAAUCUGUCAAUAAAAACAAAAAUGUAUUUACUUUAUUUGGAAUGCAUGUCUUUGAAUACCUUUUCAAAUUUGGCACAAAUGACCACUUGCAAUCAACAAUGAGCUGAUUAGAUCUUGGUGGUCGAGUCCAUCCCAUUCCCACAAGCGCUAUAUCUCAUAUACAUUAAAACUAAAGUGAUAGGAUACAUUUAUCUUUUAAAUAUUAGUGCUACAAACUAAAAAAAGAUGUUUUGAUAUAUGUUCACAAUUUUUUAUUUAACCAAAUAUCCUGUAUUACAAAUACACAUCUGAAAUUUGUAACAAAUUAACAACCACAAAGGUGGUAGUCAAAAGCCCUGCCCUGCCAAACCAAAGUUAUUUAUUUAUGAGGGUUGUAGACAUGUCCUGUACAAGCAGUUUUGCUGUCACAUUGGUGGUAAUGUCCAGUAUUUCCUGAGUUGUGUGAUGCAACAUUUUAAUCAGUGGAAUGACCAUUGACCCCGACACUCUCUUCUGCUGGCACAUUUCCACUGUUGCAAUGUAAAAUGGGUUGAGCACUUGUAAACAAACUGCUGUUGAUUCAUAAUCCUCAGAAGAGAGAGGAUUAACUUCUGUUCUGAGUGAUGCUGGAGCUGCUCCAACUGUCUGCUUCGCAUCAUAUAAGCACUGCAGCAUCAAGGUGUUGUUCCAGCUCGUCCACCUUCUGGAUCAGCUUCAUCACUGCACGAUUCAUUUACUGUUCCACAUUUCUUAGCUACUCUUUAGCAGUAGUGCUUGAUCUAAAAUAGGUCACCACUUUCCAUGCCCUUGUGCGCAUAUCUUCUAGGCCAGAUGUUUGAUCUAGGGAUUUUUUAACCGCUAAUUAUAGUGCAUGUGCAAUGCACACAACAUGCCUUAUGGCUAAAUGUUGGGCAGUGGCUGUCAUGUUUGUUGCAGCAUCAGUCACAAGGCAUUUAACUAUUUCCUCAAUGCUCCACUCCACCAUGAGAGACGUCUUAGCAACCCUGCACAAUGUGGCCUGACAUUGGCACCCUACCCAUAUUCUGUGUAUGUGAUGGCACACAUAAUUCAAAAAGCGGAAGACCUGGUUCUUCCAGAUUCUCUGUACACAGAGCAAUCUGAUGCCUUUUGCUCAUGUAAUUAUGUUUGCAUAUUAUAUUUUAUCUGUAGUGGUUAAAAGCAAACAAGUUACCAGUAAUAAGUAAUAGAAUAUAGUAGGAGUGUGUAGAUUACAUAUAGAUAUUAUCUGCAGUAUGUAAUAUCUGAUAAUCAUGUAUGGAUGAGCUAAGUGUUUAUAUAAUUUUGGAGAGAUCUGUUUCUCUGCUUUGGAAUGUUUGAGGGUGUUUGUCCAUGGAGAACAUGGGAACUAUGUACUGAUAGCUUGCUCAAGCAAGAAUAUCCUGGCUCAUGUCCUCUGUCUAAUUUAUGGGUAAACAUCCUGAGAGCAGCCUCCCUUAAAUGGGAAACUUAAAAUUGGGCAUAACUUCAGCCUUGUGUGAACUGUUCGUGUGCUCACUUUUAAGUUCAUGUUUAGAAAAGGAAAUGUGCGCUGGGUCAGUGGGACCUAGAAGUUCAUGUACUGGACAUCUCAGACAAUUCCUGUAAGAUUCCAUGAGUCCAUCCCAUUCCCGUGAGCGCCAUAUCUCAU